UGGCUCUGCUUAGUCACCGAUCAUGCAAUAAACAGGACUCCUUUUUCCUGUUUUGCUGGCUGCUGAAUUCCGGAAGUCUGCUAAGAAACAGGAUUGGUGAACACAGUCAGCUGGCCUGUCGGAUGCCGCCCUGGAGGGCUGAGGGGCUGCCAUGGAGAGCCGCGAUGGAGGCUGCGCUGUGUCCCCCCACAUGCCUUUGGCUGCUCCCCGCCUGGAUCUUGCUGCUGCUGCCAAAUGGACUCGCCACGGGGACGGUCUUGCGCCUGGGGGCAGAGCCCUGUAGAGCCGGCCCCUGCCCUGGCACGCUGACGUGGGCAGUGCGCUUGUCUGCACCCGAGGGAUCGCCUCCCCCCGAGGACGAGCUGGACCGGCAGGCCGACAGGCUGGCGAAGGCGGCCGGCCUGGUGAACGCUGGCCGGAUCGGAGAGCUCAAGGGCCACUACCUCCUCGGCUACCAGCCGGCCGGCCCCCGCACUGGCCCGGACCUCGAGGCGGUGCAGCACUCGGUGGAGGCCAUCUUCGCCCAGCACGACAGCGUGAGGUGGCACGCCGAGCAGCAGCUGCUCAAGCGCUCCAAGCGCGGCCUGCACUUUAAUGACCCCAAGUACCCCCAGCAGUGGCAUCUGAACAAUCGCAAGAGCCCGGGGAUGGACAUCAAUGUGACGGGCGUGUGGGAGCGCAACGUGACGGGCCGCGGCGUGACCGUGGUGGUCGUGGACGAUGGCGUGGAGCACACCGUCAAGGACAUCCAGCCCAACUACAGCCCCGAGGGCAGCUACGACCUGAACUCCAACGACCCGGACCCCAUGCCCCACCCGGAUGAGGAGAACGGCAACCACCACGGGACCCGCUGUGCAGGGGAAAUCGCCGCCGUCUCCAACAACAGCUUCUGCGCCGUGGGAGUGGCCUACGGGAGCCGCAUCGCAGGGAUCCGGGUGCUGGACGGGCCGCUGACUGACAGCAUGGAGGCCAUCGCGUUCAACAAGCACUACCAGAUCAACGACAUCUACAGCUGCAGCUGGGGUCCGGAUGAUGACGGCAAGACGGUGGACGGCCCUCACCAGCUUGGAAAGGCUGCCCUACAGCAUGGGGUGAUCGCCGGCCGCCAGGGCUUCGGCAGCAUCUUCGUGGUGGCCAGCGGCAACGGGGGGCACCACAGCGACAACUGCAACUAUGACGGCUACGCCAACUCCAUCUACACCGUCACCAUCGGCGCAGUGGACGAGAUGGGCUACAAGCCCUUCUACGCAGAGGAGUGCGCCUCCAUGCUGGCCGUGACCUUCAGCGGCGGGGACAAGCUGAUGAGGAGCAUCGCCACCACGGACUGGGACCUGCAGCGGGCCACGGGCUGCACAGAAGGCCACACGGGCACCUCCGCCGCGGCCCCCUUGGCGGCCGGCAUGAUCGCCCUCAUGCUGCAGGUGCGCCCCUGCCUCACCUGGCGGGACGUCCAGCACAUCAUCGUCUUCACAGCCACCAAGUACGAAGACCGCCGGGCCAGCUGGGACACCAACCAGGCCGGGCUCAGCCACAGCCACCAGCACGGAUUCGGCUUGCUGAACGCCUGGAGGCUGGUGAACGCCGCCAAGGUCUGGGAGUCCGUCCCAUACCUGGCCUCCUUCGUCAGCCCCACCCUGAAGGAGGGCAAGGCCAUCCCGCUGGAGCCGGGGCGCCUGGAGGUCGCCUGGAACGUCUCAGAGUCGGACCUGGCGCUGUCGGGGAUGCGGACGCUGGAGCACGUGGCCGUCACGGUCACCAUCACCCACCCGCGCCGCGGGAACCUGGAGCUGCGCCUUCUCUGCCCCAGCGGCACGGAGUCCCUGAUUGGGACGGCGCGGAGCAUGGACUCGGAUCCGAACGGCUUCGUGGGCUGGACAUUCUCCACCGUGCGCUGCUGGGGCGAGGAGGCCCAGGGCACCUACCGACUGGUGAUCCGCGAUGUUGGGGACGAGAUGCUUCAGGCAGGCUUCCUGAAGGAGUGGCAGCUGACACUCUACGGAUCCGCCUGGGCCCCGGCCGAGAUCCAGGCACGGCAGAGGCUGCUGGAGGAGGCCAUGAGUGGCCGGUACCUGGACAGCAGCUUCUCCUUGCCCUGCCCGCCCGGCCUGCGGAUCCCGGAAGAGGAGCCCUACACCAUCUCUGCCAACACCCUCAAGACGCUGAUGCUGCUGGGCUGCUUCGCCGUGUUCUGGACCUUCUACUACCUGCUGGAGGCGCUCUGGACGCGCAGCGGCAGGACCCUGGACCUGGCGGCCUGCAGCGGGGGCGCCCCUUGCCCCUGGCCCUCCGUGGUCCGACCCGCCCGGAGCGCGAAGGAGGGGACGGCGGUGGAAGAGACCAUCCCCUUGUGCGGGGAGAAGGAUGUGGAGGCCGAGCAGUGCUCCCCACCCCCGGGGGGGCCGGGGCAAGACCAGCCGGAGCUCUGGGGGCUGCAUGACCCUCACUAGCAGGACAGCCUUGCAGCCUCGCCCAAGCCACGGCCGCCUACCUCACUCCCCGUGGCUCGCUGGCGGAGCCCCUGGGACGCGAACGGGACCCCGCCUGUCCCCAUCGGCCACAGGGACAGAGUUCUGGGACGCCUGGGACCGCUGUGCCUGCCCUGCACUGGCCCGGCUGCCGGGCUCGCUCUGGCUUUCUCGCCGGAGGGGUGGGCUGCUCCAAGAUGCCUGCCAGCCAGAGGCCCUGCCCCUUGCAGACACCGACCUGGGAGGGCUGGCCGGAGCCCAGCCCUGCGCACCCAUCCUGUCCUGCUGGUCUCUCAGACACCACAGCUCGGGCUGCCAGCUCCCUGGCGGCCGGCCUCCUCUGGAGCAAGCAUGCAGAUCCCGAGGCGUGUCUCCUCUCUGUCUUGGGGUCCAUGCAGAGGACGAUGGGUGUGUUUGCUGGGUCAGGCAGGAGCCCGGCUGGCCAGCUGGGGGCAUGGGCCCCCUCCCGCUCGGCCUGCCUUCAGCUUAACCCGAGGGGAGCGGCUCCUGUGCUCCCCAGAAGCUGAGGGGCCGCGAGUGCGUCUCCUGGAAUCACCAAUUAAUUUUGCUUUUGAAGUCAACAGCAGGAUCUUUUCUUUACAGCUUUCCAAAAUAAACCCUUUGAAACCUGA